AUAGUGUGCGUGUAUGAACACAUUCCUGCAAAUAUCUCACAUUCAAGGAGACGUUACAACAAUGGGAAAAACGAUAUCCAAAUCGAUAUCUCCUAAAUUGUCGAUUAAAUAAUUUCAGAUUUAUGCUCGUUGGGAAGGUGACGUUUCGCACUAAAAAAAUUCUGUAGCGGUUUUUCGUUCUGUCGAGGCAGUGGUGAGUGUUAAAAAUGGAUUAUGCAUUCAGUCAACAAAGAAAAAAUUCAGUACAUUCGAAAUUCGAAUUCAGUACAUGCGAAAAUGCAAGAACGGCGGCUAAAAUUCUGAAUGGUGCUUAUGAUCCCGAUACCGUAACAGCCAAUAGUGAGCAAUUCAGGUUUCGUCGAUUCCGUUCAGGUAUUUUUGAUGGUAAAGAUGCUCGUCGCACAAGGACGCCCAUCGCCGAAAAUGUCGAUGAAAUCGUAGAAAUGAUCAAAGUUGACCGACAUGUUACCAGUCAUGGCAACGGCCAGGAGCUGGCGAUCGGCCAUGACAAAGUUUUAAGCCGUUGGCACAAAGCUGGAUUCAAAAAGAAGCUUGAUCCUUGGGUGAGACACCAAAUAACACAAAAAAACAUCAUGGACCGAAUUUCCAUCUACAAAGCCUUGGCCAAACGAAAUCAAAUCGACCCAUUUCUUAAACAGAUAUUAGGCGAGGAUGAGAAAAGGGUCAUAUAGGAUACAAUUGUGCGAAAACAAUUGUGCUCAAAGCGCGUUGAAGCAGCUCAAACGGCCAAACCUGGACAAACGCCCACGAAGGUUCUGCUGUACAUGUGGUGGGACUGAAAAGGAAUCAUUUAGAAUUGUAUAGGAAAACA